CGCUAACCCGCUAAAUGAACGACCGAAGUAGCAGAAGACUCUGUUCUUUCGGAUAAUAGUCAUGGCUUUGAGCUUCUGCAACUCUAAAGCGACUCCCCAUCUUCAAGGAGUGGGUGUGAAAUUUAGGGGCAACAGAGGUGUUGAAAGUGUCAAAAACCUAAUUAAGAAAGUUGGGAUUCCUCCACUUGUGUCUUCCCCACCUGAAUCUCUCCGAAGAGGUACCUGGGUCAAGCUUAUAUGUGGUGCAAGCUUUGAGGAUGUUGUUGAUAUCAGGAAUCUUUCUCUUGUGUAUACCCUUGCCGGAGUUGAUUGCAUUGACUGCGCAGCCGAUGCUUCAGCGGUUGGUGCAGUGAAUGAAGGGAUUGAGACUGCGAGAGAUAUUUGUGACCUUCGACGGCCCUGGGUAAUGAUUAGUGUCAAUGAUGAUGAAGAUCUUCACUUCCGUAAAGCUGAAUUUGAUCCAGAGGAUUGUCCACUUGACUGUUCAAGGCCUUGUGAGCUUGUUUGUCCAGCAAAUGCGAUAUCUAUAGAAGAAGAACAAUCAGAUGCACAAGUUUCCUAUGGUGGCAGUGUGCCUCAUAAACUCAAGGGUGGAGUUAUUACUGAACGCUGUUAUGGAUGUGGCCGCUGCUUUCCUGUUUGCCCAUAUGAUAGAAUAAGAGCGGCUACCUAUGUUAGAGAUGCUAGCACUACGUCUAGGCUUCUUAAAAGAAAUGAUGUUGAUGCUGUAGAGAUACAUACAAAUGGAAGACAGACUGCUCGCUUUGAAGAACUUUGGGACAGCUUGGGGGAUUCAAUGGGAUAUUUGAAACUAGUGGCCGUUAGCUUACCUUACAAUGGGGAUUCUACUUUGUCUUUGAUGAAUGCUUUGUAUACUGUCAUGGAACCUCGUCUAAGUUUGUUCAACUUAUGGCAGCUGGAUGGCCGUCCUAUGAGUGGAGAUAUUGGACGUGGUGCCACGAGGGAAUCAAUUGCAUUUGCUGUUUGCUUGGCUACAGCCAGAAACAGGCCCCCCGGUUUUCUUCAACUAGCCGGAGGGACAAAUGCUCAUACUGUGAACGGAUUGAAAAGAGAGGGACUUUUUCGAAUGUACAGUGGCGAGAAUUCAAAGGACAAAACUAUGGUGCCAGGUUUGCCUAAUUCUCCGCAUGCUCUGAUAAGUGGUAUAGCUUACGGUGGCUAUGCUCGUAAGAUUGUUGGAAGAGUGCUGAAUUCCAUGCAUUCAAAACAUGGUCCCGCUCUUAUUGAGCAUCAUCCAGAAUAUCUUCUUGAAGCACUUGUGGAAGCCCUUGCUUUGGUUAGAACAGUAAAAGGCUAUGACCAAUUUACAUCAAAAUAGGGUUGUAAAAUUUAUGGUAUUCUGAUAUUCUCCUUAAGUUUCAGAUCGGGUAAGCGACUGACCCAGUGCCAAUGCAUUGUUCACUUUGGUUUGGGCUAAAGCUCGCACAAUUUUGUCCUUGAAAGAGCUCUCAUAUGAGAGAUUUAGAUCUUUAUUUACAAACCACAAAUUGAUGACUCA